CGUUCCGUUUGCCUCCGUGGUUUAUUCUUGUUCAGAAAUGACAAAAUUUAAAACGAAAAAUGGAAUUAAGAGCAAGCAAAUGUUAGCCAAGGAAUAGACAGAAUUGAGUUACAUUUACAGCCGGGGACCAAGGGCGCUACAGCAGCAGGAUGACAGAACAGCAGAGCAAAUCCCCAAAUGGCGGCGAAUACACAGUGCAUGACACCAUUCCUUCUCAUUCGCAGUCAUGCCGCAUCAGUUGUCGGCGAGCAACGAAACCGAAACCGUCGCAGCAAUGCUCAGUCCGGGGGCCAGCAGCAGCGAAAUGAUAAACAAUACCUCAGCGUCUACGGGCAUUCUGUACGAUGAGAAGGAGGUAAUGGAGGAGUUCAUCAGCUGCUAUCGCCACUUUGCGGCCCUGUGGGACAGCAGCAGCAGCGACUACUUGUCCAAGACGAAAAAGGAGCCCGGCUACAAGGAGCUGCUCAAGAUACUGCGUCGCAUCAACGGGGACUGCACUGUGCAGGAUGUCAAGCGGAAGAUCAAUUCGCUGCGCUGCUGCUAUCGCAGGGAGCUCAAAAAGGUGCAGUCCUCCAAAUACAACUACCGCCCACGGCUCUGGUGGUUCAAUCGAAUGGAAUUCCUGAAGCCCGUACUCAAUAUUGGCUCGCCGCCGCGGGCCAACAACAACGACGGCCACCACAUGGACGAUAGCCUCGACGAAACGAGCAUAAAUGAUGAAGACAUGUUUGCCGAGGCCUUUGACACCGAAACGGAUGCCUUGGGCGACCUCGAACCGGAACCAGACCAAGGGCAAGAAAUGAUAGCCGCCGACCAGACGCCCAUCAUGCGGGUACCGUCGACCCUCAAAAUAGAGGAGCAUAGCCAAAGCCAUAGCCGUGACUACCAGACCCUGUCACCGCAAUCGAUGACAUCGAAUGCAAAUGGAUUAUACUCCUCCUGUCCGCCAAAGCACCGACAUGGAGCUGGUUCUGGUUCCGGGAGACACCCACUGCCGGCCGGAGGGACGCUGGAGCGGGCUGGUCGCCCCGUGCGUCGACGCAGCAGCACGAGCCACGAUGACGAGUACUUCCAGUUCGUGGACGGAGAGCCGAGCAGCGCGAAGCAGCGCCGCGUGGAGAGCAGCUACGAUCAUGCGGAGAGCGAAUGCGUGCUGAUCGGGAAGCGAAUGGCGGCCCACUUCCGGAACAUGCGUCCGGACCAGCGGCUCUUCGCCGAGCGGAUCAUCAGCGAGGUCCUCGUCUACGGGCGAAUGAAUCAACUCUCAAUGCGGGCACGAUUUGUGCCCAAUGUCAAGGACGGUGCUGCAUCGCCCUAAGACACAGGUGGUGUCGGUCACUCGUGGCCGGUGGAGGAGGCAGUGCUGCCAAUUAGAGGUGUGGCAGCGGCAGCGGUAGCGGUAGCGGCAGCAUAAGAUGACAAAGAGAGUGCCAGGAAGAAGAACCGACAAAAGUGGCGCUAACAAUCUGGCUUUGAUAAAUAGUUGUAACAUAUGUAUACAUACAGAUAAUAAAUUAUGCAUUAUCCAAAUGA